AUGCCAGCUGCCGGGUCGGUGCGGCGAGUUCGGAGUCUGCGAGGACAGCCAGUGCGUCGGGUGCCCGACUCCGAACGGGCUGGCGGGUUGGAGCAGAGAUUGCAUGGCGCCGAAGUUGAACGACUGCGGCGGGGGAAGAAGAAGGGCGACUUUAAGUACUUCGAGCUGAAAGGGGUUGAUCACUUUGUGGCCAAGUAUACGAGAGGUGAGCGCCGGUGA